UGAAGGCGGAGUGAGGGCGACGCCAUUUUUGCUGUAGGGAAACAGCGUAAGCGCACUAUUUUCAAGAGCCCUAGCUCGAUGUCUUUUUCCUUUAUGAUUAAAUACUCACGGAUAAAUCAUGGCCAGCGCUUCAUAUACGUAUAAACUGACUGACGAGGAUAUCAAGAACCUGAUUCGCCUGCGAACAACGAACGCGGCCCUUUUUACCAGGAGGAGAAACGCGGCUAAAACAGCUUGGAGUGCAAUUCUCAGGGAGUUGGGUUUGGAGGACAAAGUAACAGUUGACCAGAUUGCCAAGAAAUGGGAAAACUUAAAGAUGAAGUACAAGGAAAUAAAAUUUCCUCCCCCUGGCAUGGAGGAGGCAGCGAGGACGUCCCAUUGGAGAUGGUUUAAGAUGCUGGACGAAGCCUUAAAGGAGGAGAUAACUGAGACGAGCUACCGCUCAUUGUCAUCCUCUGUGAGUGACGAUGACUGUGGACCACAGGCCAGCAAGAGGAUAUGUCAGGUCAAAGUAGGAGGUGAUAUUUUAGAACUGCUGGUGGAUGACGAAGGUAUAUCAGGGGCCCCUGAUUCAGGAUCCACUCCACUGAAUCAAGAGAGACUGCUGGGUGAUGAGACCCCUACAAAGCUGUCCGGCCUGAACAUUGAGAAAGUCAAACUGACCAGAGAGUGGCAGCUUCUUGAGAAGGAGCAUGCGGAGCUGGAACGAGAGAGACUGGUGUUAGAGAGAGAGAGGGAUCUGGCAGAGAGGGAAAAGAUAGCGCUUCAGAGAGACAGGGUACAGUUAGAGAAGGACAGGGCUGCAGUGGACAGGGACAGAGCGUCGCUGGACCAGGAUAGAGCCCAGUUAGAAAAGGACAGGGCUGCAUUAGAGAGGGACAAGGCAGCGCUUGUGAGAGACAGAGAGAGUCUGAAUGCCUCAUUGCAAGGGAAAAACUCUUCUCUAGACACCCCACAUGAGAAGAACAGAGAGAAAUUAAUUCUCUUAAUUGAACGACUUAUUGAUAAAUUUUGAAGAGAAAUGAGCUUCAGUGGUUUAAACCUGUUCACUUCAGAAUUAUUUUAUAACCUGCCUUUUUUCACUCAAGUGAAUUGAAUCUGUACCAAAUCAAGCCUAGGCUUAGACAAAUGUCCAGAUAUAAAUCAGAUUUGCAUCAUGUGCAAGACAAGUUUGCUUCUUUAGUUUUGCAUUGGAGAUAUAUGAGGCUAGUGUAGCUAACAAAUUAUGUAAGGCUUAAAAGAUAUUGGGUGAUAUAGAUUUCUAGUACAUUUGCCUAUAACAGAAGUGAGCUACAGAGGUAUGCUCUUUUACUGCCCUGCUUCGGGUCCACAGCAGAAUUAGAUUUAGGUAAAAAAUAAAAUGAUAAAAUCUGGCCUAGCUAGUUAGUAACUAAAGAAACGGCAAAUAUAAAGAUUUAAAAUAAACAUUGAUCAUUUGGAGACAAAUAUUCUUAUUUGCAUUUAUAAUUGCUCAAGCUGGUUUCCUGAUAUGUUUAAUCUGCAACGGGAAACUGUCAAAUGAUAAAAAGUUGCAACGCUGAAGUCAGUUUCUUUUUCGACUUUUCCUGUUCCACCUUAAAUGGUGCAGCAGUUUCAUUCUGGCACCUCAAUCACCAUUUAAAGUUGAACAGGAUAAUUCAAACAAGAAGCUGGUGAAUGAGAAGCUGAUUUCAGCCUCUUAAAAAAAGUUGAACAUUGAGAGACAUUUUACAAGAAACUAUUCUACAUGGGGGCCCUGGAGGGGACUGAAGUAAAAAAGAAAAUGUUUAUGAAUUGCAAUAUGUUCACUUAAAUUAAUUUUUAUUUUUACUUCCGUCCCCUCUAUGACACCAUAAUUCUACUUUUGCGGAAAAGUUUCCUGCCGGAGAUGUGAGAAAAGCUGAGCUUAAAGCAGAGCAAAGUAAGUCUGCGUUUUUAUGUAUAGUAUUAGCCAGCACAUAUUAAGACAUAUUUUGAGCCAAGAUCGUAAAACAUUACUUCAAUGAAAUGGAUGUAAAAUAUUGUGGCUCCCAAGGUGGAUCGAUUUUUGUUGAAAGGACAAAAUGGUUCUUCUCAACAUUUGGGUUGCCAACCCCUGGCUUAGUAACUGAAGUGUAAAACUAAGGAAGCAAACUUAGGACACCAAGCAUGUCUCGGCUGCUCGAUAACAUUUAGAAUAAGGGGCAAACUGUGUAGAAUUGAUUAAUCGAUGAUUCAUGACUUUAAAGUGACACCAAUUACUAUUCAAACUAGAAUGUAUAUUUCCAGCCUAUAUCAGGCCAAAAAUUGACUUGUGUUCUUUUCUGAUGUGCAACGUAAUUCAUCAUAGAGUUUGCAUUCAGUUUUGCCUCUACCUGUAAAUCACAUGGUAAAACCAUGUCAGGGACAUUUGACUGUUUUUAAAGCCGACUCUGUUAAAUGAACAUAAUUUGUAUUGAAAGAUGAAUGACAACAUUGAUGCCUUGUUGAUUCUUCACUUUGUUGAAGUUUGUGUAGAAAAAAAACUAUAUUGGUUAAAAUAGACUUUGUGUUUAGUAUUUUUUGAUUUAUGCACAAAUUAGAAGAACGUUAUUUUAAAUAAAAUAUUUUCACUCAAUAUAUAAA